AUGCUCUGCCUCCGCCUCCGCCUCCGAUGUCGCGCCCUCUCCCAGCUCCUCUCAUCGUCCCCCUCCGCCUCUCCCAUCUCCCACCUCCUCGGCUACCACAGCCGCCUCCUCUCAGCGGCCGCGCCCGUCGUCUCCCCGAACCCUAGCUUCGCCGUCGAGGAGUACCUCGUCUCCACCUGCGGCCUCGCCCGAGCGCAGGCCUUCAAGGCCUCCGUCAAGCUCUCCCACCUCAAGUCCCCCUCCAACCCCGACGCCGUCCUCGCCUUCCUCGCCGGCCUCGGCCUCUCCGGCGCCGAUGUGGCCGCCCUGGUCGCCAGGAACCCCCAGGUGCUCUGCGCCGGCGUGGAGAGGACCCUGGCCCCCAACGUCGCCGCGCUCACCGGCCUCGGCCUCUCGCGCUCCGACAUCGCGCGCCUCGUCUCGGUUGCCGGCAACCACUUCUGCUGUAGAUCCAUCGUCGCCAAUAUACAGUACUGCCUGUGCCUGCUCGGGUCCUACGAGAAUCUCCUCUCUGCUAUCAAGCGCAAUUUCUACAUUCUCUCGUCCGACCUUGAGAGAGUGAUCAAGCCCAAUGUCGCAGUCCUGCGAGAGUUUGGGCUUGGUCCUUGUGAUAUUGCCAAGCUGUGUGCCUCUCAGCCAUGGUUGCUCACCUGCAACGUAGAGCGUAUCCGGGCGAUGGCGGUGAGCGUCCAAGGUCUGGGUGUGCCCCGUGGAUCUGGGAUGUUUAGGCAUGCGCUGGAUGCUGUUGCAUUCGUCAGCAAGGAGAAAAUCGCCGCCAAAGUGGAGCACCUGAAGAAAACAUUCAGGUGGUCGGAUGCUGAGGUGGGCAUUGCUGUUUGUAAGGCUCCACAGGUACUGCACAGGUCCAAGGAAUCGCUGCAGAGAAGGUCAGAGUUCCUCAUCUCCGAUUUGGGGUUGGAACCCGCAUACAUUGCUCGUCGCUCGGUGAUGCUCUUGUACAGCCUGGAGGGCCGGCUAAGGCCCCGGAGCUACGUCGUUAAGUUUCUUAAGGCAAAUGGAUUGCUAGAUCCCGACCGGGACUUGUAUACCGCAGUCACACUGAGUGAGAAGGUAUUCAUGGAGAAGUUCAUAUGCCCUCACAAGGAAGCUGCACCCCACCUUGCUGAAGAUUAUGCAGCAGCUUGCAGAGGGGAAUUGAUGGCUAAUUUCAGAUUUACAUGA